UAAUACAACGAUUCUUAGUAGGUCACUUAAUAAUAUUAUAUGUCACAUUUGAAAGACAAGGACCAACAGCAAAAACUUUUUUAAAAUGGCAGAAGAAGAGCAACAACCAGUGGUGCAAGAAACAACUAAAAAAACAACACAUACGUAUCCCCUAUUAAGGAAGUCUGAUAUGUCCGAAGAGGCAAUACAAGAAACAAUGGACUUGGUCGUGACCGCUUGUGAGAAAUUUGCAGCCAAUAACGAGCUGGCAGCAAGAAUGAUAAAAGAGACAAUGGAUAAAAAAUAUGGCCCACCUUUCAAUGUUGUCGUUGGUGAAGGGUAUGGUUUCCAAAUCACUUAUGAAACUAAAAAUUUGCUGUACAUGUUUUUUGGGGGAAAUCUGGCAAUUUUGGCUUGGAAAUGUUAAGAAAAAGCCCUGAUUUACCUUUUACAUAAAUAUGACAUGUACAUAUGCGAUUUUUAAUUAUUUAUCUACUUUUUAAUAAAGUAAUUGUAAAAAAGAUGGUGUACAAAUUUUCGUUUGUAAGGUAACUUUUAUAAAACAUCCCAAGACAUAUGCACAGUUGCA